GUGACGUUCAAGGACGUGGCUGUGGUCUUCACGGAGGAGGAGCUGGGGCUGCUUGACCCCGCCCAGAAGAAGCUGUAUGGAGACGUGAUGCUGGAGAACUUCCGGAACCUGCUCUCUCUGGGUGAGGACAGGCGCUCUCCCCGCCUCUUCAAACAUGAUACAUUCCGCUUAGAGAAGGUAAAAACACUUUGGAUGAUGCUAGCAAGCCACAGACGAGAGAAAUCAGGAGGAAAGAUCCAAAAUAAAAUGAAGACUGUUUUAGAAACAGAACCACACAAAGAGCUUUCCUGCUGGCAGAUCUGGCAACAGAUUGCAAGUGACUUAACCCAGUGUGAAGGCUCCAUGAUAAAGAGUUCUCAGUUCCCCAAACAAGGUGAUUCACCUGGACAGGUUGGGGCCAGACUAACUGAAACUCACACAGGUCAGAAACCUGAUCAGUGCAGUGAAUUUAAGAAAUAUUUCAGUGAUGUCUCCAACUUUGAUCUUCAUCAACAAGUACACACAGGAGUGAAGUCUCACACAUGUCGUGAGUGUGGAAAAAGCUUCUGUUACAGUUCAGCACUUCAUAUUCAUCAGAGAGUUCACCUGGGAGAGAAACGCUAUAAAUGUGAUGAGUGUGGGAAGGAAUUCAGUCAGAGCUCAUGCCUGCAAACUCAUCAGAAAGUCCACACCGUAGAGAAGCCAUUCAAAUGUGAGCAGUGUGGGAAUGGCUUCUGUCGUAGAUCAGCACUUAAUGUUCAUUAUAAAUUGCACAUGGAAGAGAAACCUUAUCGUUGUGACCAAUGUGGAAGGGCCUUCAUUCAUGCUUCCCAUCUUCAGGAACAUCAGAGAAUCCACACCGGGGAGAAACCCUUCAAAUGUGAUAAAUGUGGUAAGAAUUUUCGUCGUAGAUCAUCACUUAAUAGUCAUUGUAUGGUCCACACGGGAGAAAAACUGUACAAAUGUGAGGAGUGCGGGAAGUGUUUCUUUUGUAGCACAAAUCUUCACAUCCAUCAGAAGGGCCACACGCGAGAGAAACCUUAUAAAUGUGAGGAGUGUGGGAAGGGCUUCAUUCAGCCUUCUCAUUUUCGGGCCCAUCAGAGAAUCCAUACUGGUGAGAAACCAUAUGUAUGCAAAGUGUGUGGUAAAGGCUUCACUAUGAGUUCAAAUCUUCAGGCACAUCAGAGAGUCCACACAGGAGAGAAACCAUACAAAUGCAACGAGUGUGGAAAGAACUUCGGGACGAAAACCCGUUACCAGGUUCAUCUGGUGGUACACACGGGAGAGAGACCCUAUAAAUGUGAAGUAUGUGGGAAGGACUUCAGUCAGAGAGCAUAUCUUCAGUCCCAUCUGAAGACGCACAGUGUAGAGAAACCUUACAAGUGUGAGGAAUGCGGGCAGGGCUUCAAUCAGAGUUCCCGACUUCAGAUUCACCAGCUGAUCCACACCGGAGAGAAGCCACACAAAUGUGAAGAGUGUGGGAAGGGAUUCAAUCGUAGAGCAGAUCUCAAAAUUCACUGCAGAAUCCACACUGGAGAGAAACCAUUUAAUUGUGAGGAGUGUGGGAAAGUAUUCAGGCAGGCCGCAAAUCUUCUGGCGCAUCAGAGAAUCCACAGCGGAGAGAAACCUUUCAAGUGUGCAGAGUGCGGGAAGAGCUUUGGUCGCAGUUCACACCUGCAAGCCCAUCAAAAAGUGCACACUGGAGAAAAGCCAUACAAGUGUGAGGAGUGUGGGAAGGGCUUCAAGUGGAGCUUGAAUCUGGACAUGCAUCAGAGGGUCCACACGGGAGAGAAACCCUACAAGUGUGGGGAGUGUGGUAAGCACUUCAGUCAGGCCUCAAGUCUUAAGGUUCAUCAGAGUGUUCACAGUGAGGAGAAACCGUACAAAUGUGAUGUGUGCGGCAAGGUCUUCCGCCACUCUUCACAGCUACAGUCUCAUCAGAGAGUUCACACAGGGGAGACCCCUUACAAGUGUGAGACCUGUGGUCAGAGCUUCCGUUGGCGAUCCAAACUUUCACAUCAUCGCAAAACUCAUGGUGGCAGUACGGUUUAUGAAGGUAACAAGAGUGGUAAGAACAUGAAGGAAUUGUGUGUGGAAAGAAGUUCUCCAAAAUGA